AUGAGCGAACGCGUCGCGUCUGCCAUCCUCCAACCACCACCAUUAUAUCCUUACAACACGGUCUGCCAUGGACUCUCGAGCUCGCCUCUUGGUCGCCCAUCUCCGGACAGACGUCAUUCACAAUCAUCUUUACCACCAAGUUCUCCUAUAGCCCCAUUCUCCGACACGGAAGAUAGCGCUGACGACAGAGAGUUAGUGAGGGACGUUGAGGAAGAUGCUGUUGGGGAAGACGAUGACGAUGAUGGGGAGGAUUUGUUCGGACAGGACAUGGAAGCUGACUAUGCUGCCAACGACGGCCUCGAUCGUUACUCUGAAGCCGACAUCAAUGACGCGGAGGACUUUGAGGACUUAUCGCUGGGCCAAAGACGUGCCGCCGAAGCAGCAAUGGCACGAAGGGAUCGGCUGGAGAGAGGUGGGAAUAGACGAGGACAGAGGGCUGCUAAUCGAUCAAGAAUGCCGAAUCUAUUGAGUGACGAUGACGAGGAUCUAGGAGAAGGAUUGAUUCCGUCGGGCGCUCGGAGAAGGGCGAGGAGGACAUAUGAGGAGAGGAGGGAUCUGGACGAUAUGGAGGGCGUAGAAGAUGAACUUCCGCUGGAGCAACUCAGCGAUAUCAAGGCGAAGUCUAUCGUGGAGUGGAUUGCGAACGAUCGUGUUCGCAGAUCCAUCGUCAAACAUUUCCGAAAUUUCCUUAUGACGCAUGUCGACAAUCAUGGCGCCUCGGUAUACGGCCAACGUAUCCGCAAUCUUGGCGAGAAUAAUUCUGAAUCCCUCGAAGUCUCAUACCUUCAUCUUGCUGAAACGAAACCCAUUCUCGCCUAUUUCCUCUUGAAUGCUCCCUCGGCCAUGCUCGCUAUAUUUGACGAAGUCGCUCUGACCGCCAUCGUCUACUACUACCCCAACUACGAACGGAUCCACUCCGAGGUGCACGUUCGGAUUACCGAGUUACCACUGAGCAGGUCCCUGCGUGAACUCCGCCGUGUCGACUUGAACACCCUUGUCCGCAUAUCGGGAGUGGUGACCAGGCGGAGUGGCGUGUUUCCGCAAUUGAAGUAUGUGAAGUUUGACUGCAGGAAGUGUGGGGCGGUCCUUGGUCCAUUCUACCAGGAUGCAUCGAAGGAAGUGAAGAUCAGUUAUUGCGCGAAUUGCGAGGGGAGGGGACCGUUCACUGUGAAUUCGGAGCAGACGGUGUACAGGAACUACCAGAAGAUGACCCUCCAGGAGUCUCCUGGAUCGGUCCCCCCUGGUCGUCUUCCUCGCCACCGAGAGGUCAUUUUGCUCUGGGACCUCAUUGACUCAGCGAAACCAGGAGAAGAAAUUGAAAUUACGGGCAUCUACCGCAAUAACUUCGAUGCCUCGCUCAACUCUAAGAACGGUUUCCCCGUCUUCUCCACGAUUAUCGAAGCCAACCACGUCAACAAGAAAGAGGACCUUUUCGCCGCCUUCCGCCUGACCGAAGAGGACGAGAAAGAGAUUCGCUUACUCGCCCGGGACGACCGCAUCCGUAAACGCAUCAUCAAAUCUAUCGCGCCCUCCAUCUACGGUCACGAAGACAUCAAAACUGCUCUCGCCCUCUCCCUUUUCGGUGGAUGUUCGAAGGACAUCAAGCGCAAGCACCGAAUCCGUGGCGACAUCAACGUACUGCUGCUUGGUGAUCCUGGAACGGCCAAAUCUCAGUUCCUGAAGUACGUUGAGAAGACGGCUCAUCGGUCGGUGUUCGCUACGGGCCAAGGCGCAUCUGCGGUCGGUCUUACGGCCAGCGUUCGCAAGGAUCCCGUUACUCGCGAAUGGACUCUCGAAGGUGGCGCGCUCGUUCUCGCCGACAAGGGCACCUGUCUCAUCGACGAGUUUGACAAGAUGAACGACGCGGACCGGACUUCUAUCCAUGAAGCUAUGGAACAACAGUCCAUUUCCAUCUCUAAAGCCGGUAUCGUUACUACCCUGCAGGCUCGAUGCGCCAUCAUCGCUGCUGCCAAUCCCAUCCGAGGGAAAUACAACCCCACGAUCCCCUUCCAGCAGAACGUCGAGUUGACAGAGCCGAUUCUGUCCAGGUUCGACGUGUUGUGCGUAGUGAAGGACGCGGUGGAUCCCGUGCAGGACGAAUUGUUAGCGAGGUUCGUGGUUGGCAGUCACCUGAGGAGUCAUCCCAAGUUCGAUCCGGAGACGGAUGAGAUGGACGUCGGAACAUCUUUGGACGCUGAUAUGAUACCGCAAGAUCUUCUCCGCAAGUAUAUCAUGUACGCACGCGAGAAGGUCAGGCCCAAGCUCUUCGAACUCGACCAAGAAAAACUCUCCCGUCUCUUCUCCGACCUUCGCCGGGAAUCUCUCGCCACCGGUUCUUUCCCUGUCACUGUCCGUCUGCUAGAGAGCAUGAUCAGGAUGGCGGAGGCGAGCGCCAAGAUGGCGUUGAGAGAAUACGUGCGGUCGGACGAUGUCGACCUGGCAAUUUCGGUUGCUGUGGAGAGCUUCGUGAGCGCGCAGAAGAUGUCGAUUAAGAAGACGCUGCAGAGGGGAUUCCGCAAAUACCUUACCCAGGCGAAGGAUCACGAAGAAUUGUUGUCGUUCUUGCUCGGUCAACUCGUCAAGGAUAAGGCUAGAUUUUACCAGCUACAAAGGCACCAGCAGCCUGAGCUCGUCACUGUUAAAGUUGAUGAAUUGGACGAAAGGGCCAAGGAACACGAUAUCUUUGACACGUCGCCUUUCUUGCACACCAAGCUAUUCUCGACGAAUGGAUACAAGCUCAACGGGAAGGUAAUAGAGAAGAGGUUCAAGAGGGUGGAAGACGACUGAACGAACUAUGGAAGGUCUUUGGCUGCGGUAUACCCUUGUGGUGUGUGAUUAUCGCCUACUUUUGUCUUCGACUCUUGUGUAUUGUUUGUAUUUGUUCCUCGCAUUCAGUGAUAAUGGCAUGUUGUCC